CAACUGCGUGAAGGGUGACUUAUCAUAGUUGCUCAACGACUGUGAAGUACGACAACACCAUCAUCCCUUGAGGAUCAUAAACACACCAACAACAAAUUCUGUAAAAUAUGUCGUCUCAAAACGAACUCCUAAGCCGGGCGGAAGACUUCGCUGAUCAAUUUUUAAGGUAUAGUAAAAAUUACUUACCUCACAUAGCACGUCUUUGUUUGGUGAGCACCUUCCUUGAAGAUGGCUUGCGUAUGUGGUGGCAAUGGCGUGAACAACGAGAAUAUAUGGACAUAUCAUGGGGUUGCGGAUACUUCUUGGCCACACUUUUUGUCUUAAUCAACCUCGUCGGACAAUUAGGUGGAGUUUUUAUGGUAUUAUUUAGGAAAAAAGUAGAAGUGGCAUGUGGAAUACUACUUUUCAUCGUGGUACUUCAGACUGUUGCCUACCAGAUACUUUGGGAUAUGCAGUUCCUGUUCCGAAAUCUAGCUUUAAUUGGAGGAUUAGCGCUUGUCUUGGCAGAAAGCAAAAAAGAAGCCCGGUCCAUAUUUGCAGGAGUGCCAUCCUUGGGAGAGAAUAAACCCAAGACAUAUUUGAUGUUGGGUGGAAGAAUUCUCCUUGUAUUCAUGUUCCUCACACUUGUCAGAUUCGAAUUUUCAUUGAUGCAGCUCUUCCAGAUAGUAAUAGGUGGAUUACUGAUGGCUCUAGUUGCUGUUGGUUACAAGACCAAGUUGAGUGCAUUUUUACUGGUCUUAUGGCUGAAUGUGUUCAAUGUUUAUGUUAAUGCUUGGUGGUCCAUCCCAGCAUACAAACCAAUGAGAGAUUUCCUCAAGUAUGACUUCUUCCAGACACUCUCUGUAAUAGGUGGUCUGCUAAUGUUGAUCUCAUUAGGUCCUGGUGGAGUCAGUAUGGAUGAGCAUAAAAAACAAUGGUAAACUGAACUUGGUUAUUUUAUGAUUUAAAAGUGCUAAGACAUUAUUAACAUCACUUCCAGGAUAUAGACACAUUCAGUCUAGUGUUCUGACAACAGCAUUGGUUAGUUUUAUAUUUGAUGAUAAAUUAUUGCAUCACAGUGUAUAUAUGCGAGGCCUUUUUUUAUUGUAAACUUCCUCUACAUUUUUCUGUUUGCUCCCUUUUUAUUUUCAUUGGAAGUAUAUAUUUGUUUUCCUCUUUAAAGUUUUAUAUUUUUGCUUUAUCAAUGCAUAAAUUUAUUGGUUAUUAACUAAAUAAAUUAAA